GACCAGCAAUUAAUAAAUCCUUUACGCUGUUCUGAGCUGAUAGAUAGUCCAUCAUUGAUUUCCAUUCAACACAUUUAAAUUAAAUUCGUAAGGCCCGGCAAACAGAGAUAAAUUGCUGUCGCUCUUUUACGGUAAAAUUCAUAACAUAUUUAAGUCCCGCACAAACUAUUUCAUCUAACAAAUUAAUAUUGACUGGACUAAAAACUGCUUAGAAAUGACCAGCAAUUAAUAAAUCCUUUGCGCUGUUCUGAGCUGAUACAUAAUAGCUACAACACAACAAACUGAUGUAAUAUUAGAUGUGCCGAGGACGAUGAGGAACAUUUGUUUCAACUAAAAAAACACGUAUUGACAAUUUCGUCAAGGAAGGUCAUUUUCCUGUUGAGAAGUGUAUUCACACACAUCACACCACAUAUCAGGUUUUUAACAUGUUCACCGUUUAUUAAAACCGUAAAAAAGUGGAACGCGCGGUUAUACGAGUGUGUACAUUUUUUUGCAUUUUUGUUUACGUUACCAUUUAUGGUAUGAAAUGAAUGUCGGAUUACGAAGUAAAGCCAACCCUAGAUGAGGAGAUCCAGAAGUUGUCUCAUGAAGACCUGUUAGAGAUUACGCAGAGCAGUUUUCGAAGACUGAUCACUUCGGAUCCAUUGCUAGCUGAUUUACCGGUUGAUGUGACUACUGAAGAGGUGUUAGCUCAAAUUGCUGUUGCUCAUGGUCAAUCAAUAACAGUUACUGUGACCAGGUAUUCAGAAUCCCCAUUGAAUGUUGUGAUUCCUCAAAAAGGUGCAACAGUGCUGGAUCUCAAGAAGGCAUUCAGGCGAGCAUUUACACUCAAGCAGCAGAGACAAAGGAUCAGAACGAAGAUUAGUUGGAGAUACGUAUGGAGAACAUUUUAUUUACAAAAUACUGAAAAUGGCAAGGUUUUGAAAGAUGAUAAGAAGGAGGUCUCAGAAUAUGGUAUGUAAAAAUAUUAUUUUGUAUUUGAUCAUCAACUGAUCCAUAUGAGUGGCUAUUGAAUACUUAUAUAAACAUGAUGUAGG